AUGCAUUCAAUUGGCUCAACACUUCUACACUUGAGUUUCUUAGCCCACCAGGUUAAAGCUCUCCCACAGAUCACCGCGGCAAAGAAUGGAAUCAGAGACUGGCUGAGCCCCCAAUACACUCCAUUUCAAGCUCCAUUGGUUGUACCUCCAACGAAGCUACCUAAAGCAACUUACACAGAACCUAUCAAUGGAACGGUCAUUGACUUCUUUGAAAUCGACAUCCGCCAGUUCACUGCUCAGACAUACCCGCUUAGUUCUGGUAUUGGCCCAACUACCUAUGUCGGCUACGACGGGAUGGCUCCAGGCCCUACCCUUCGUAUGACAAGAGGUCGCGAGGCUGUUGUACGUUUUACAAACUCUGCUUCGCGUCCUUCAUCUAUCCAUCUUCAUGGUAGCUACUCUCGCGCACCUUGGGAUGGAUGGGCAGACGACGUCACAAAUCCUGGACAGUUUAAGGAUUACUACUACCCAAAUAGUCAACCACAGAGAACUCUUUGGUAUCACGAUCAUGCUAUCGGUAUUACCGCUGUGAAUGCUUACUUUGGGCAAGCUGGGUUUUACAUCCUCACUGAUAAUAACGCACCAACAACUCUGCCCACUGGUGAUUACGAUAUUCCCCUCAUGAUCUCCGCAAAGCAAUUCCAAAGCAAUGGAAAAUUGUUCUCGCCCGAAGCCGAAAGAGACUCACUUUGGGGAGACGUUGUUACUGUCAACGGUGUCCCAUGGCCGUUCCAAAACGUUGAACCAAGAAAGUACAAAUUCCGACUUCUCGAUGCCAGUGUUUCUAGAUCUUUUAAGCUCUACCUUGUUGAUGCAGCAAGACCAAAUACCCGCCUCCCAUUUCACGUCGUUGGCGGUGAUGCUGGAUAUCUUUCUCAGCCUGUGCAAACUACCAGUCUUGUUAUCUCAAUGGCCGAGCGCUGGGAAAUUGUCAUCGAUUUCGCGCUUUACCAGGGAAAGUCUUUGAUUCUGAUGAACGAGCGCGAUUUCCAAACCAAUGAGGAUUAUCCCGAAACGCACAAAGUAAUGAAAUGGGUGGUCACUGGCACCGCCACAUCUCAGGUUGGAAAUGGGCCACUACCUGCUACACUUGCCACUCUCCCUGAUCCUGGAUCUCGCGCAACUGUCGACCACGAAUUCAAGUUUGAGCGCAACAACGGCGAAUGGAGAAUCAACGGUGUCGGAUUCGAAGAUAUUCCGAACCGUAUUCUUGCAAAGCCGCCCCAAGGAGGUCUAGAAAAAUGGCGUCUUAAGAACAGCUCCGGUGGUUGGUCCCACCCAAUCCACAUCCAUCUCAUAGACUUCAAAGUGGUUUCCAGAGUCGGCGGAAGAGGCGCCGUCGAGCCCUAUGAAGCAGCAGCGUUGAAAGACGUCGUUUAUCUCGGCGAGAACGAGGAAGUCGAAGUCAUCGCCAAAUACCAACCUUGGGCUGGCGUGUACAUGUUCCAUUGCCACAAUCUCGUGCACGAAGAUCACGACAUGAUGGCUGCUUUCAACGUCACCUCUGUGAACCUUAGCAGUUAUGGAUAUCCUGACGAUGCUACGUUCACUGAUCCAAUGGCUGCGAUCUGGCGCGCAAAGCCGUGGAAUGGGCUUCCUGCUAAUGUUGCGGAGAUUGAGUCGACUGUUCUUCCUCUCUUUGCGGGACUGGGUGCGUAUCCGUCUACUGCCAAUGUUGAGGCUGCGCUUGCGGAUUACUAUACUACUCAUCCGAUGGUUGAUGGUAUUCCGCCGAAUGUCAAAGCUAGAAGUGUGAGUGCGCUAAGAAAUCACAAUGAUUUCAGUUGA